AUGGGCAACAAAUCCUCCAAACCACCAAAACACCCCGGCGCCGACAAAGAAGCCUUCCUCCGCCCUGCCCUCCCCCCCGGCACAUACGGCUCCUUCCCCCCAUCCUUCAGCCUUCACUUCCUCGGCCGCAGCCAAGACACCAAAGCAGACUACUACGUCCUCGGUAUCGAUCAAAACGGCCCCGUCCAGCCCCUCAACGCCAUCACCAUCCACAAAGGCACCGUCAAGCACCAAGUCACUCUGCACGCCGGCCCAAACCACUCCGACCCGCCGCUAGGACUCGCCGGCACCGAGAAACUCUUUCGGUCCAUGUCGAUUGUCGCCCUGCCCGCGGCAUCGAGCGGUCCUGACGGGCCGGUAAACCAGAUUGCGCAGCUGUCCGCGCAGAAGAGCAUCAAGUUUGACAACUUCAACUUUACGUGUCCGGUGGGCGGUGCCCAAGAGCAGUUUGAGUGGCGGAGUGACAAUGUACUCAAGCCGGUGGAGGGGAAGCCCUAUGAGCGGACACUCGUGAGGAUGCGGAACGGGGAGGAAGUCGUGGGGAGGUGGACGGAUGAUAGGGCGCCUGAGAAGAGCGCCAAGUUGGGGACCUUUCAGUUUGAAGGGAGUGGUGCGACGGGGGAGUUGGGUGCGUAUUGGGCGUUGAUGGCGGUGAUGACGCUUUUGAGAAUUAGCCAGGUCAAGUGGGAGGCGAGUCUUGCGGCGGAUAAGAUGCUUGCUGGGGCGGCAAAGGUUGCGUUGCUGGGGACGGGGUUGGUGUUGUGA